ACUUACACAUACACAUGCACACACACACACACACACACGUAUACACGUGCGGAAGCUGUGGUAAGUGCAUCCUCCUUCAGUCGCAGAUCUGAAAAUAGAUCAUCAUGGUGGCACCAAAGAGUCACACACAAGACUGGGCUCCUGGGCCUUUCUCCAGUAAGCCACAGAGGAGUCAGCUGCAAAUAUUCUCUUCUGUUCUAUGGACCUCUCUCCUCUUCCUGCUCAUGGGACUAAGAGCCUCUGGAAAGGACUCAGCCCCAACAAUGGUGUCAGGGAUCCUAGGGGGUUCUGUGACUCUCCCCCUAAACAUCUCAGUAGACACAGCGAUUGAGCAUGUCAUCUGGAUUGGUCCCAAAAAGGCUCUUGCUUUUGCACGUCCCAAAGAAAAUGUAACCUUUAUGGCCAAAAGCUACUGGGGCCAACUAAACAUCGCCAGGGGGAGUUACUCCCUGUCCAUCAGCAAUCUGACUCUGAAUGAUGCAGGAUCCUACAAAGCCCAGAUAAACCAAAGGAAUUUUGAAGUCACCACUGAGGAGGAAUUCACCCUGUUCAUCUAUUAACAGCUGCAGGAGCCCGAAGUCACCAUGAAGUCUGUGAAGGCGUCUGAGAACUUCUCCUGUAACAUCACUCUAAUGUGCUCCGUGAAGGGAGCAGAGAAAAGUGUUCCGUACAGCUGGACCCCAAGGGACCCCCAUGCUUCUGAGACCAAUGGAGGCUCCAUUCUUACCAUCUCCCGAAUGCCCUGUGAGCCAGACCUGCCAUACACCUGCAUAGCCCAGAACCUCGUCAGCCAGACCAGCUCCCACCCUGUCCAUGUUGGGCAGUUCUGUACAGAUCCAGGAGCCUCCAGAGGAGGAAAAACAGGGGAUACUGUGGUAGGGGUCCUGGGAGAGCCAGUCACCCUGCCACUGGCACUCCCAGCCUGCCGGCACACAGAGAAGGUUGUCUGGUUGUUUAACACAUCCGUCAUCAGCAAAGAGAGGGAUGAAGCAGCAACGGCAGAUCCACUCAUUAAAUCCAGGGAUCCUUACAAGAACAGGGUGUGGGUCUCCAGUCAGGACUGCUCCCUGAAGAUCAGUCAGCUGAAGAUAGAGGACGCCGGCCCCUACCGUGCCUACGUGUGCUCAGAGGCCUCCAGAGUCACCAGCAUGACACAUGUCACCCUGCUUAUCUACCGGAGGCUGGUGAAGCCCAAAAUCACGUGGCGCCUCCGGCACAGCAAGGAUGGCAUCUGCAGGGUCAGCCUCACCUGCUCCGUGAAGGAUGGGGGAAAUGCCGUCAUGUACACAUGGACCCUGCUGCAGAAGGGAGCUGUUGUGUCCCAAGGGGAAUCACACCUCAACGUCUCAUGGAGAAGUGGUAAAAAUCACCCCAACCUCACAUGCACAGCCAGCAACCCUGUCAGCAACAGUUCCCACCAGUUUCUUUCUGAGAACAUCUGUUCAGGUUUCUCUCCAUCUCUAUUUACUCAGGCCACGGGGCCUCGGGGCCUCAGAUCCAAGAGUUUGCAUCCUGACAAUGAAUGCUUGAAAGGAGGAAGGGAGAGUGGAAUGGACUCCCUGAGGGAAGACAGGAAAAAAACAAUCUCCCUCAGUUUUCUAGGCCUCAUCCAAUGCAAGCGUCAGAGCAGGCUGGGGCCUUGCAGCAAAGCAAGAGAGUGGUGGGGUUGGCAUACUUUUAUCAGCCCUGCACAAGGUGUUCCAGAACCCACAGCUGGCCACAUGCUAUACUCUGUGCUCUCUCAAAAGUGUGAGAAGCUGGACACUCCCCUCAGGCCUGCCAGGCAACGGCCUAGGCCCGCCUCAGACAGCAGCUCUGACAGCAACAUCACAACUGAGGAGGAUGCGGACAAGCCCAAGGUGCACAAGCCCAUCAAUGGAAGAGACGAGGUGUGUGACCAGGUCACUCAGGAGGGUGCUGGACAUGACCCAGCCCCUAAGGGCCAAGCAGACUAUGAUCCCGUCACUCCAUAUGUCACAGAAGUUGAGUCUGUGGUUGGAAAGAACACCAUGUAUGCACAAGUGUUCUUCAACUUACAGGGAAAGACCCCAGUUUCUCAGAUGGAAGAGAGCUCAGCCACAAUCUACUCCAUACAGAAACCUCAGACGGUCGUGCCGCCACCACAACAGAAUGAUCUUGAGAUUCCUGAAAGUCCUACCUAUGAAAAUUUCACCUGAAAGGAAAAGCAGCUGCUGCCCAUCUCCCGGGACUGUGGGGUUGGAGAGUCAGCUGGACCUCAUGGGGCCUGGGGCUCACAGACAGAAGCACCUCAGUGCCUCAGAGAUGCCUGGAUGUGGCCCCUCCCCAUCCUUCUCACACUCAAGGCCUCCCAAGCCCAUUAAUAGUUCAGACACAGGCUCCUUCUUGGAGCCUAUGGGCUUCAGAUGUCUUUGCCCCAUUUGUCACCUCCCACACUCAUAGCGUUUCCUUCUCGAAAUUCUACCACGACUGGUCAAAUGUUGCUGAGGGACCUGGACCAGCUGACCUUUACACCACCUUCUCAACACUGCUGAAAUGAACCCAAGAGAAUUGUCACACAUGACACAAGAUGUACGUAAAAUCAUGCUCAUGCAGUGUUAUUUAAAAUAAAAGGCAGGAAAUAACCUA